GGUUUUUGUGAAUAGAAGUCUAGCCAUGGAAAAAAUAAAGUGCUUUGGAUUUGAUAUGGAUUAUACCUUAGCUGGAGAGUCCAGUGUAACUCCUUCAAGACUGGAGUGACACUCUGCAUCUGCCUCUGCCUCAUUAUUUCAGGUGGGAUUUCCUCAUCAGUGUUUUCUGCAGUUUUCUUGGCAAGAUUUCAGACGUGGUUUGCCAUUGCCUUCUUCCUAGGGCUGAGAGGAGUGACUGGCCCAAGGUCACCCAGCUGGCUUUGAUAAAUAAAUCAAUAAAUAAAAUCUCUGUGCAGGCAAAUAAUAAAUCAGUGAAUGAAGUGCUUACUCCUUUCUAUAUAUCUCAGAGUGUAUAAAUCUCCAGAAUAUGAAUCCCUUGGAUUUGACCUGACAGUUGAACGGUUAGUUUCAAUUGGAUAUCCUCAAGAGCUGCUUAGUUUUGUCUAUGAUCCUACAUUCCCUACCAGAGGCCUGGUAUUUGAUUCUCUUUAUGGAAACCUGUUAAAAGUUGAUGCCUAUGGGAACAUCCUAGUGUGUGCACAUGGCUUUAACUUUAUGAGAGGGCCAGAAAUACGAGAACAGUAUCCUAAUAAAUUCAUUCAGAGAGAUGAUACUGACAGGUUUUACAUUUUAAACACACUGUUCAACUUACCAGAGACCUAUCUGUUGGCUUGUCUGAUUGACUUUUUUACUAACUGCGACAGAUAUUCAAGCUGUGAAACAGGAUUUAAAGAGGGAGACCUCUUCAUGUCCUUCAGGAGUAUGUUCCAGGAUGUGAGAGAUGCUGUGGACUGGGUUCAUUAUAAGGGCUCACUCAAGGAGAAGACAGUUGAGAAUCUACAAAAGUAUGUGGUGAAAGAUGGAAAGCUUCCACUGCUGUUGAGUCGCAUGAAUGAGGUGGGGAAGGUGUUUCUUGCCACAAACAGCGAUUAUAAAUACACUGAUAAAAUUAUGACAUACCUAUUUGAUUUUCCACAUGGACCAAAGCCGGGUAGCUCUCAUCGACCAUGGCAGUCCUAUUUUGAUCUUAUCCUUGUAGAUGCACGCAAGCCUCUUUUUUUUGGAGAAGGCACAGUCUUGAGGCAGGUGGAUACAGUUACUGGCAAGUUGAAAAUUGGAACCUACACAGGUCCUUUGCAGCAUGGUAUUGUCUACUCUGGAGGCUCCUCUGAUACAAUUUGUGAUCUCCUGGGAGCCAAAGGCAAAGACAUCUUAUAUAUAGGUGACCAUAUAUUUGGAGACAUUCUGAAGUCCAAAAAACGCCAAGGUUGGAGAACCUUUUUAGUGAUUCCAGAACUGGCACAGGAACUUCAUGUCUGGACAGACAAAAGCUGCCUUUUUGAAGAACUUCAGAGUCUAGACAUCUUCUUGGCUGAACUAUACAAGCAUUUGGAUAGUAGCAGCAAUGAGCGUCCCGAUAUCAGCUCCAUCCAGAGGCGUAUUAAGAAAGUGACUCAUGACAUGGAUAUGUGCUAUGGGAUGAUGGGAAGUCUGUUCCGAAGUGGUUCCCGACAAACACUUUUUGCUAGUCAAGUGAUGCGGUAUGCAGAUCUCUAUGCAGCAUCAUUCAUCAACCUCUUAUACUAUCCUUUCAGUUACCUCUUCAGAGCUGCCCAUGUGCUGAUGCCACACGAGUCAACAGUGGAGCACACCCAUGUGGAUAUCAAUGAGAUUGAAUCCCCAAUGGCUACCCGUAACCGCACUUCAGUGGACUUCAAAGAUUCCGACAAACGACAUCAGCUCACCCGAUCUGUUAGUGAGAUUAAACCACCCAAUCUCUUCCCUCAAACACCCCAAGAGAUCACACAUUGCCAUGAUGAGGAUGAUGAUGAGGAGGAAGAGGAAGAAGAGGAAGAAUAGAAAAUACUCACUUGCAUAAAAUGUGGCUAUAGCAGGAAUUGGCAGGAACUGAUCCCCAGGUGGGGAUAACAAGCAAACAAACAAACAAACUCCUAUCAGGAGCCCUUUAUCUUUAGCAAGCUUAUUUCUUGCAGACCUAUUCCAAACAUACAAAGAAUAUGCUGGCUGAAUUAAGACCACAUAUAGAUAGCCCAAAUGCAUUGCCCCCACACGUAGAACAUGGAAAGGAGGGAUUGUUCGUGUAUUCUUUCUUUCUCUACUGAUGCAUUUCAUGAAAAUGGUCUCUCAGGCAGGAAGGCUUCCAUGACCUGCAGUAAUCACAGCAAUCAUUGUUCUUUGACCCUUUAGGAGAGCGCCACCUAAUGCUGUAUGCAUAAAAAUGGGAGUGUUUUCAGGGUUCAGUCCAUUUGGUCAAGCACAGGCUUCUGGCCUCACUCUACUGCUAUUCAGCUUCUGCUCGUUUUUGUACUUUUAUGAUUUAAGAAAUGAUAUCAUAUCAUCUGUUCUUGGAUGUCUGAUAGGUAGUUUUCUGUGGCUGAAAUUUGAAAGCUUUUAUCAUUCUGAUAGAGGCAUGCGAUGCCUGUGUUCUGGGACCCUCUAAAACAGGUCCUUAUGCCAUGUGCUUGUUCUUUGCCCUGAAUAUAUCUACUAAGGAGAUCUAUGCUUUUUAUGCUCAAUUUUAUGGGAAAAGGAGGUUAUUUUGUCUGUUAGCAUGGCCUUAAGGAAAAUAAACGCUAGUACAGCCCAGACAAGGAAAAUUACAACCGAAAAAAGAAAGUUUCACUUGCACCUCUUUUUAUUACCUUAAUAUUGCUAGAACCAUAGACUCUGUGUCAGAGUGAGAUUCUGUUGUUUAGCUAGCAGCCACUCAUCUCACUCCUGAGUUGGAACAUGUGGCGGCAGAUGGUUCCAGAGCCUUAACAUGAAAGAACGCCUUCAACAGGGUGUCCUUAUUGGGCCACUGUGUUUUUACCUCCAUUCCAAGAAUGAGAAUCAAUGAAGGUCUGCUUCUUAAUAUUUGUAAAUGGCUCUGAGGGCCUGGCUUGUUGUCCUAUUAAUCAGUUCGGGCUGUUCAAAAUUAAAACACAUUUCCUGCUAAAUUACUCUCUAGUGCAAGGCUGUCUGGGUUUCUUUUUCAUAUACAUAAGCAGUUUCCUGAAGUGUAACAUAUCUCUUACCAUUCUGUGCCAUUGGUGUAUAGAAGACAGAAAAGAGGCCCUAUUUUAAAAUAUUCGAUUUUUUUAUUUUGAAUCAUUUGAUAGUAAUUAUAUUCCAUUAUUAAACACAGUGAAUUGCAAAUCAGCAGGAUAAGCUGAUACUGCUCUGACAGAUCUGCAAAUAAAAAAAUUAUAUUUCAUAAGAAGCAGCUUUCACGUGUUUCUGAAAAGAUGCAAAAAAGAUGGAUCCAUCAGUGUUAGACUGGCUAACCAAAAGAUUUACAAGCAAGUUUAAAGAUAUUACAUGAAUAAUAUCUAAUCCAAGGAUAAUAACCAUUAUGAAAAGGACAGAUGUUUUGAGAAAUGUAGAGGAAUUCUGGGAAAUUUAACUCCCAGUAUCUAUACCUGACUACAUUCUGCUGUACCCUGGUAGCAAUAGUAGACAAUUUGGACUUUGUCCAGAGAUUGAGGUUAGUCUUGGAAUGGAGAUGAAUACCUGCAGCAUAAUGAGCUAUGUAUUAUCAGUGUACUCAGAAUUGGAAGAGACUGCCUAUAGGCAACAGAUCAAGGUGGUCUCAGAUUUCCAACAACCCAAUCUUAACCAAUUACAUUCCCCACUGUUUUUUCCUGUUCCAUGUUAUUGUGGAUUGCUGCCUUGUGAACAAGCACUUAGUUGCCCCGUCAGUAAUUUCAUCAUGAUGUUGCAGUCAUCUUGUCUUAGUUUGGAAAAAAGAGCUUUUAACUGCUCUGGUGGUAAGUAUAGUCAGUUCAACUACUACUUUUAUUUCUGAAAGAUAUUAUUUACAAUGGUAGGCAAGCAUUUCCAGCAUCCCACUCAGAUUGUUCUUAACACUUGGACACGAAGGAAGAUUAUCAAAAAGUGGGGAAAUGCUGGAAAGUGGGAUUUGUGUCCAGUAGUAUCACAUACAGCAAAAUAAUUUAGAUCUUCCAGAGCAGAUUUGAGAGACUAAGAGUAGAAAAAGAAAAAAAAAUCCCAUUGUGGCAAUGGAGGCUAAGUCCUGUAACUCUAAACAUAACCCAUUGUUUGUUCUGGUCUUAAAUAUAACUUAUGCCUAUAGAUUCCAUCAAUAAAUCUGGAUGCAAGUUUUUCUGGUUGCCCAGAAAAACAGCUGCAGCGAAAAUGGUCAUUGCAUCAAACAAACCCUUCAUUGAAUGGUUAGGGUCCUAUUUUGUUUCACUGGUACAGAGAUGAUUGAUUGACAUAUCACCAUGCCAUUGCAGUCACAUGAGAGCAGUAGAAUUGAAGUGCAAAUCAAGAAAAUUAGGCACAUUUUCUAAUAUUAUAUGUAGUUGUCACUAAGCAUCAUGUCCUAUUUUUUGUAUUCUUUCUCCAGUAAGAAGACUGUAUUAUUGUAUUAGUUUUCACUUUCUUUUAGGAGAAACCAGGAAACAAAAUCUGUUUAAAGGGCUCUUACUUUGUAGCACAAAUUCAGCCAGCAGCUUUUCUGUUAAAGCCACUUUAAGUACUAGACAUGGUAUGGGUGAGGUGUAUUUAAAUCCCUAUUUGGCUAGAGAGUUCACCAGACACCAUGAGCCAAUCACAUGCAAACACAUUUUAAAUUACCCCAAAGACUGGUUGUGAGGAUAGAAAAAGAAAAUACAUUGUAGGGAGCUCUAAAAUGUAUUUACAAGUUAGACAAAAUCCUAUGGAGCUGUCAGAGUCAUAUUCUGAAUUUCAGAAUGACACAAAAAGAGGCCUUUGGCAGUAUGAAGACCUUUUUUACCUUUGUUAUCCACUGAGAUAAUUUAAUGUUUGGCUGCUUUAUUUGAAUGUUGAACCCUACUAACAUUCAAGGAUGACUGGCUUAAAGUUGAGAAGGAGUCAUUGUUCUUUGGUAUCUUAUAAAGGAAAAAAAACACUAAAAUGUACAGAAAAGUAUAUGGUUUAUAUCCAUUAGAUGAAAUUUAAGCUUUAAAUGAAUACUGCAGGCAUUUUUAUCCAGAUUAAAAAUAAAACAUAGUAUAUGUCCUUAUAUAGGAAAAGAAAAUCCACCACCAGCGUGUUCAGUACAUAGUAACAAGGCACCUAAAAUUGGGCACCAAAAUUUUCCAUGAAUACUAGAAAUAAUAUCACACUAGGAGGGAGGAAGGAAAAAUUGGAGGGCCAACUAGUUGUUCUUAAUUUCAUCCCGUACGUUUUUUUAAAAAGUGUUUUUCUUCUACCUGAAAAAAAAUACCAGCAUAAUGUUCUCUCCUUUUCUAGCUGGUGACUGUGACCAUUAACAAGACUGCAAGUAACCAUUCAUGAACAACAAAGUCAAAUCCUGACCAAAGACUUGCGGAAGUCACACAUUCCUUCGGAAGAAGCCUUCCAUUUUCCCUGGAAGCUACUUUUAGAAAAUUACCAUCUUGUCCUCUUAUAAAAAAAAGAUGAUGCAUGGAAUGGGAAAAAGCCACUUAAAACAAAGAAAGGUCAACAAGAAAAACACAUUUAUCUAACAGAAAUAAACUGCUUUUCAAUAAAAUCGCAAAAUAUACAGAUAAAUCAAGUUCAAAAUAAAUAGAAUAAAUUGUCAACA